UCUGUCCGCUGCUUCCUCCGUACGCGCCAUUUAACACGAGAACAGGAAAAAGAUCGCGCGCGCCCGGAUACCGUAGUCAUUCGAUUCGAUCGACCGGUGUCCGCGUUACGCUAGCCGCAGUUGGCAGGCACGUGACAAGUGGGAGACAGCUGUGGUGCACCCAACCAACAUAGGGGCGAUCACAACCUCACUCUGCUACACGGCCUAUCGAUAGCAACAAUUGGUCGUCGGAUUGUUCGUGACAGUGAAAUCGGAAAAUUCAUCUGAUCACCUCACCACCCACCAAGGCAGACAAGAAUCAUCGACCGGUCGGUGGGGGCUGUUGUCAGCUGUCGGGCGUGUGAUUAGAUCGUAGCAGUGAAUUAUUGUAAGCUAGUUCUAAAAUCACUGUUAGAAGCCGACUAUUUUGUUAGGAUUUGCUUUUCAGUAGUGCGUGCGCGGGAAGAAUAUGCCACUUUCACCUCAAGUGGUUGCAUCUAUUGAGGGAAGAAGCAGGUAUUUUUAGAAUGCGUGUGUUUUCCCAUCCAUUGGGGCGGCUGGUUCGAAGAUUGCGUCCGAGAGCAGAAGCAUAAAUUGCAUAAUUAAGCACGCAGAAUAGCUGGGCGUGCGAGCGUGUGGAAAAAGAGCAGAAAAUUGGGCAAUCUGCCGAGGCAAGCCUAAAUUUAUUCAAAGUGCUGUUGGAAUUGAUUGAUCAUUUAGGUACAUGCUCCAGGAGGAAGCAGCUGGAAGUUGUGAGCUUUCAGAGGGUAAAGUACCGAGAGAAGAAAAAAAUUUGAUUUAUAUGCAAAAAGCGAGCUGAAGUGUGUUAUUAUUUUGGGCACAUUUUUAUGCAAAUGUAAGAUUUAUGAUGCGCUCGUCAUGCGUGUGAGUGUGUUUGUGCCUAACACCGAAGAUCACCUGUCGGUUUUGUCUUGUGUCGCUUGAUGGUGUCAUUGACCUGUGCAAUAAUUGUAUGAUAAAGGACAGCUGAAAACCUUCCGAAACAAGUGCAACGAAUUCUUGGUGGCAUUUUUUCUGCUUCUAUGAAAAAGAAGAGAGAAUCCAAUUGAAUGUUUACAAUCCAGUUUUUGUUCCAUGCUGUUUGAAGUGAUGUGCUUGUUGUGAUUAGGAAAUACAAAUAAACAAGUUUGAAGCAAAAAACGCUGAUUUCAUGUUACCCGCGUGUACGAAGUGAACUGUUGAUGGGAGAAGAAUGGCGAUGAAGAAAUCCUCUGCUCCAAGAUGCAAGUCAACAUUGUCGUCCGGGACAAUGUUGUGAAUUGCUGCUGGACGGAUAAACACAGUGUCAGUUGAGAAUUGAGUGGUUGAGUGGAUCGGGAAAAAAUCAUAAUUCGACAACGUCAAUUCCUGUCUCAACGUCCUGAGACAGCAUCAGGUUGGCGGGCUCGAUUCCAUCACCCCAAACGACAUCUCCAGUGGACGGCUGAAAGCAGUGCUGCUGCUAUUUUUCGCCCUCAGUCGAUAUAAACAGCCGAUACGGCAGAAGACAGCGCCAGUCGGAUACAUUCAUCAGCAGCAGACGACGAAAGUUGAAAUUCAUGCACCGCCAGCCGAUAUGACCAAUCGACAACUACCGGUGCCCUACGCCAAACCAGGGAUCAAUGGAGGUACGGCUAUUCCUCUGCCGGCGACCGUUAUGGUCGCCCGACGAUGUCCACCGGAUAAAGUGCGACCGUUACCACCGACCCCGAACCAGCAGACGGGACUCCAUCCGGGGCUGCAAAAGCACACACUCGUUGGAAGCAUCGGCAGCGGUGGCGCCGGUGGUGGUGGCGGUGGACUCAGCGCUGGAAGUGGAAACACCCCCCUCGAUGGCAACAGCUGCCCUGGGAGUCCGCAGCAUAAUGGGACGGCGAUAAUAACGCAGAUCCCGAAAGGCGGCAGCAGUCUCCGCCUGCCGCAGUCCACCUGCAAGAUUCCAGCUAGCCCAUAUGCGACCCAAGCUGGCAAUGGCAAUCACAACAACAAUAAUCCAAACAACAACAACAAUAACAAUCUAAACAACGUGAUCCUAGUUCCGAAUGGAAACGUUACCAAUCUGCCCAGUCCAGCCGCGAACAGUGGCAACGGGGGCGGUCAGCAGAAGCAAUCGAUGCUAGAGAAGCUGAAACUGUUCAACAGCAAAGAUAAACAGGAUAAGACUGCCAAAUCUACCACAUCGAAGCGAACGAGUUCCAGCAGUGGAUUUUCCUCCGCUCGAAGCGAGCGGAGCGAUUCCAGCCUCAGCCUGAACGAGGGACCAGUGGGAAAAAUUAAAGAAUCGGGGAUCAAAAAAACAGACACUGCCAAACUGUCAUCAUCAUCAUCGAAAUCAUCGAAGCUUAUCUCGUCCAAGUCCAGUUCGAAGGAUGCUGGAUCAAAGGUUUCAGGAAAGUUGGCCGAUAAGGGGAAGAGUAAGGACCAGCUCGAGACGCACAUUCCGAUCACGCCAAAAGCGCACAAAAUUCCGACGGCCCUGACGACGUCGACCAACGCCAGCAAUCCAAAGACAGAAUCCAAACUGAAACCUGCCCCAGUGGGAGGUUCGUUGUCGUCGUCGUCGUCGUUGUCGGGUAGCAGAAAACUUGAUACAAAAUCCGAAAGUAAAACUAGUUUACUGCAGCAGCAGCAGCAAACUCAGCCACCGAAAACGGUGGUGGCUCCACCGUCAGUAAGCACUGGGAUUCCGAAACCGAUGGCCGCCGUGAAGGGAACAAGCAAACCACCACCACAGCAGCUUCAGCAGGAAUUCAAGCAAAAGGACGACAUAGCAAAAUUAGACCGGGCACUGGCCGGGUUCGGAGGACUUCAAAAUGGAUUAGUUUCACCACAGCACCAUCAACAUCCACCUCCGCAGCAGAACAACAUAUCAAACAAUAACAGUGAACGAAUGACGGUGGUGAACCCGAUUAGUGUCAGUGGGAAUAAUAAUGUCCUCGGAAGUCCUCUUCACAAGCAGCAUCCCCAUCAGCACCAGAUCCCGAGCUGUAUGAGUGACAGCAUGCACUCCAACUCAACGCAAGGUGCUUCCGUCGGUCAGCACUCUAAUUCAAGCGAAUCUAGUGGUGGUGUUAUCUACAGACCCAGUGGCUCCGAAAGUGGUUCCGAGCAGUUGUCGGGCCUUCACUCCCCUCAAAAAUCAUCACCAUCCUUCCUGUUCAACGAUGUCAAUUUGAACAACGCCAACAACAACAAGUUCAAUACCGUCCCGAACAAAAUUCUGAACACGGGCCAGCAACCGAACGGUACCAUCUACGAGCAGGAGGAAAAACAAAUAACCGUCGUCCCGAUGAGGCCGCUGCUACGCGGUUACAAUAGUCACGUGACCUUACCGACGCGUGGCGCCCGCGGGCAUCUCUUCAUGUCCGAAUACUGCGAAGAUCUAGGAGGCCAGGGCUACUGCAGUGAUGGGGAUGCGUUGCGAAAAAUUCCCGCCCGCUACUCGGACUCUAUCGAGAAUGGUUACCUAUCGGAGGGUGGUGGUGGUGGUGGCGGUGCCGGUGGAGGUAUCAGCAUGCUAACGGCGGCUGGCCGGCAGCAGUAUAUCAGUUCGCUGAGGAACCGCACUCCGCUGCCUACUACGAUCGAGGAAAGUUCCAGUUACCACCGUCACCGUCACCAACCAGUUCCUGUUACCGCCGUCAACGUCACCAAUCAGUUCCAGAUACCACCGCCAACGUCACCAACCAGUUCCCGUUACCGCUGUUCACCAACUGCAGGUCAGAUCGAUACUAGGCUAAUGAGUUAG